UUUUAUUCCAAGGAGCGGACUCGGAUGCAGGAACAACUGAGACAGUACGACGACGACCUAAGACUGACUCGCUCAACGCUCAGGAAAGAGAUGGACUGGAAAGAAAAGAUGGAGAAGAAUUACCAGACCGUGAAUCGAGAAAAACGGGAAUAUCUCACUCAGCUGUCGGAUAUGGAGGAGGCCGUCCGCGAGAAGACUCGUAUGGUCUCCAUGUUACAGGUCCGCACCAAAUUCCUGGAGGAGGAGAAUUCCAGAUUACAGGAUCGUAUCGACUCCAUCACCAAACAGAAGCAGGGCUUAGAUAAACUCGUCAAGGAAUACAAACUCACCGGCAAGGACAGAGAUGUUCACUUGUCGCGGCUCAGUCCAGACAGCCGCCCUCACAGCUUAACAGGAGGAACGAGUGGGAUCGGGAACAGUGUGGACUCGAGCUGGGUCAACGAGCAGGAUCAUUACAUCGAUCCCUAUCUGGGUUACCGCAAUACGCAAUCUUCUAAUCUGGUGAUCAGUAACUACCUCAGUCGAAGCUUCGAGCCGCACAGCCACGCGGUGGAUUUAUAUCGCGGGGAGACUGGAAGUGAGGAAUCUUAUAGCAGGGAGUUCGAUACCUGACGUACAUAUCAACUUAUCAUCUGUGUUGACCAAUCAAAAGCCAUUGUUUUAACCAUAAACAUAUCACAUGACUUGAUACAUUCCAUGCCAAACAAUGCUUUAUUCACCACCUGGUGAGGUUUUUGAAUGGGCAGUUUGUGCCAUUCCUUUUACAUUUAAUAUGCAGUUGAAUAAAUAAAACAUGUACUUAUUUAUUUUUAAAACUUAAUUGUGAUCAAGAAUGUGAUAAAUUAUUUAUAUUUAUUGAAUAAUUAAACUUUCAAUUUACUUUUACUGUUUUAGUAUAGUUGAUUAGAUUUUUUUCCUCCUUUU